ACAAUGGAAAAAGCUGUGUCUGAGGACAGAGGCACAAACUGCAGUCUGAAUCGGAGAGGAAAUGUGGGGCUGCAUACAUCGAUAAGUAUUACGUUUUACCGAGGACAGCCACCAUGAGCAGCACACUUUGGAGAAGCCAGUCCCUGAAGAAUCUCUCUCAGGGGCAAAAGUCAUGGGCGUCGCCAGUGGCAUCCCAGCGGUCCGGAAGAAAGUCUGUCUCGCAACUUGUCCAGCAGUACCAAAGUUGUGUUGAACUGAGAACUGCAGGCAUAGAGGAAAAUGGACUAAAGCUUCAGCUCUGUACAGAUGAGUUCCAGGAUGGCGGUAUGCUGGGUGCUCCCGUGAAGCGCAACCAGGCCCACCUGUGGGAGGACCCCUCCGGUUUCCGAGGAUGGACCACGCUGACCCGGAGCCGCUCCAUGGAGGGGCUGUCCCUGCGUCCGCGUGAGCCAGCAGGCACCAGUGCCCUCCGGGCGCUCUUUGAGUCCAAGAACGCCCUGCAACAGGACUUCUCGAGCAGCCCCCGGCUCCACACUACACACCCUGUCAAGCAGAGCCCUGCGAAGCCCACGCCAGCCGCCACCAGGGGAGAGCCAGCGGCUGCACGCCACAGCAGUGAAGUCACACCAGCACAGAGCAAUGGCACGCACCAGAGGGUGAAUGCUGCUCAACCAGAGAGGUUGGAGAGGAGGAAAACCAUUGCUGGUGUCCCAGGAUCACUGUUCAAGGAAGAGAGCAGUCCAAGGGAUAGUUUGAGAAGAGCGCCAUUAGACAAAAGAACUGCAUCCUCUGGCAUAACACGGGGCCGGACUACUUCAUCUCUGAGACCCACCCUGCAGUCCGUAAAAGACAGAUCUGCUCUCUACCUGUCAAAAGCAGCAGCUGCAGAAUCACCAGGAACUACCACACAGCAAGAGCACAUUGCGACCUCGGAAAAGAAAACUAAACAAAGCAAGAUGUCUGACCUAACCAAACAGAUAAGAGUAACUGAUGCUAAUGGAGAGGAUGACCUCCCUCCCCCUCCCCCACCACCACCUAGAACUCACAUGGAUGAAUCGACAGCCACUAGAGACGCAAACGUCCUCCCUGUUCCUCCACCCAAAGAGACAUUCUCAACAUUCUACCAGCAGCGGCAGAAAAGUGAACUAAAGAGACUCUUCAAACAUAUUCAUCCAGAUGUGAAGAUGAACUUAGAUGAUGUGAUUGAUGAUGAGAUAGUGAAGGCAAUACACAUAAAUGCUCAAGCUGCUGAUUCAAACUACCAGGGGGAGGUCCAAUCCAUGCGGUGGAUUUUUGAGAACUGGACUCUUGACAACAUUGGGGAUCCUCAUAGCACUAAGAAGCUACUUGAUGAGGAGAACCUCCAGGGAGGGGAUGUCAGAGGCACUUCUUCCAUGUUUGAGCAUGGUGUUUUGGACAGUUCUCAGGCAUCCUCAUCAGCUGACAGUCAAGGCCUGGUCAAGGGAGAUGUUCGCACAGCCACCUGGUUGUUUGAGACAAAGCCCUUGGAUUGCCUUGGCAAAUCCAGCACUGAAGAAGGGGAACUUGUUGAGGCAGUAUUGAAGGAGGCGGUUGUGAAAGGUGAUGUUUCGGGUGCAAGACUCCUGUUUGAAUCCAAGCCCCUAGACGCUUUGGGCCACUGCUGCUCUGUUGAAGAUCACAGUUUCCUUCGGCUUAAGUCAGAAUUCGAAGAACAUAAAGGAGACGUUAAGAAGACAGUGAGGCUUUUUCAGACAGAUCCCCAAUGUGCUCUGAGGGAUAGCAGUGGCAACAUCCACAAGAUUAAAUCCAUCUGCAGGGAGGAGAUACAGAGUAGCAACUUCAACACAGCACGCUGGCUCUUUGAGACUCAACCCCUGGAUGUCAUUAACAAGGACACCUCUGGUAUUCAGAUCAUUCGGGGUAUAUCCCUUGAGGAGGCUCAAAAAGGUGGAGUUGACAAGAAGAGGUGGAUGUUUGAAACACAGCCAUUAGAUGCCAUCUGUGAGGGGGCUGUGGAGGAACAGAAGUUUCAGGGCAUAUCAGAUCUAGAGGGAGUAGCUGAUGUUGGAAUGAAGCAAAAGCUUUUUGAAACACAGCCUUUAGCAGCAAUCAAGGGUGAGACGACAUCAGAGGGAGUUGAAGAGAAAGAAGGGAUUGUUGGAGGAGAUGUUAAAUCUACUCUUUGGCUUUUUGAAACUCAGCCUACAGAGACAGUGAAGGACAGCUAUGAGGUGGGGCGUCUCAAAAGAGUCACAGUUUCUCCAGAUGAAAGGGGAGAAGUGAAAGACAAAAGACGAACAUUUGAGAAGAUGAACAUCAGCAAAGUUAAACUUGACAAAGAUAACAAAGUUGAAGACAUAGAAAAGGGCGAUGUGAAAUCUUUCAAGCAUCUCUUUGAAACCAUCCCUAUCGAUCACAUAUCACAGUCUGAAGACAAACAAUCCGAAAGCCUUGAUAUCACAGCUGGGAAUGUGAAAGGUAAUAAAGCAUUGUUUGAAUCAACACCCCUAUAUGCAAUCAAAGACAGCUCUGGAAAUUUCCACGAAGUAACAACUGUCAGCAGAGAGGAGAUUAUCAAAGCGAAUAUUCAGAAUUACAAAUGGAUGUUUGAGACAAAACCACUCGACACGUUUGAGGAAGGAACAGGGAAAGUAGAGAUUAUCAAAGGCAUAACAAGACAAGAAGAUUCAGGCAGUGAUGUCAGAAUGGCAAAAUGGCUGUUUGAAACUCAACCUCUGGAUGGCAUCCAUUUAAAAUUUAACAAAAAGGAACAGGACUUAUCAUUAGAACAGGAUGAGGUUAAAAAGGGCGAUGUCAAGACAUGCAAGUGGCUAUUCGAGACAAAGCCCAUGGACAUUCUGUAUGAAAAAGUAGAGAAAAAACAAGAGACAGAAACAAUACCCAAGGCAGAUGUCAAAUCGCAAACAUGGCUUUUUGAGACACAGCCUCUGGAUAACAUUAAAGAUGGUGAAGCCCAAAGUCUGAAAUUAUGCAAAACUUUGCAAAAUGAGCUGACCAGUGAUGUCAAAGUGAAAACAGUAAAACAUCUCUUUGAGACAGAAACCUUGGACAGAAUCACAAGAAGAACAGACUCAGAGACAGACAUGAGAUAUGUCAGUGAAAUAAACAUCCAGUCAGGGGAUGUCUCACGAGUGAAAGAAAUUUUUGAAUCCCAGUCUCUUGAUGAAAUUGGAUGUGAAAUGUUGAAGGCAAAUACAGAGGAACAGGAUACAGGCAUCCAGGCAGGAUCUGUUCACAAGUUUACUUGGGUUUUUGAGAAUCAACCCAUUAGUGCCAUAAAUGAGAAAGAGGAUGAUACAACAACCAUGAGGACUGUCACUGAUGUGGAAAGUGGUGAUGUUGGAAGCAAGAAGUUCAUAUUUGAAACCUUCUCUCUGGACAAGAUUGAGGACACAGACCAGCUGCUUGGACAUCAGUCAAUGAGUGUGGAAAAGCCUGUGAGUGGUGUGGAUGUGAAGUCAAGCACUAUGUUGUUUGAAUCUCAGCCUCUUUAUGCAAUCAAAGACAAGGAAGGGCAGUUUCAUGAAGUCACCACAGUCAAGAAAGAGGAGGUGUUGAGUGGAGAUGUGCGAGGAGCUCGGUGGAUGUUUGAGACCAAGCCCCUCGAUUCCAUUCAAGCAGACAAAGAAAUUUAUGUAAUUCGAGCUGUGACACAAGAGGAUGUCCUUAAAGGUGAUGUGAAAUCCGCUCGGUGGAGGUUUGAAACCCAGCCCCUGGACUCGCUCACAUCCCAAGAAGGGCCAUCAGUCAAAAUAGUAGAGGACAUCACUGGCAGCAACAAUGUGCAACUGAGUAAAAAGCUCUUUGAAUCUGACCAGGCAGCUCAGCGGAAGUAUGUGAGGAUGGUCAGUGUCACAGAUGUCCAGCAGGGGGAUGUCCGCACCUCGACCUGGCUCUUUGAGUCUCAGCCGAUUGAUUCACUGAAAGGUGAACCACAAGAGCAGAGUGAAAUGCAAACAGUUCACAGAGAAGAAGUCCAGAAAGGGGAUGUAAAACGGUGCACCUGGUUAUUUGAAUCUAAACCGCUAGAUGAAAUUAAGGACACUGAACACUCAAAUGUUAACGGUGUAGAGCAAGAGCAGGAGCACAUCCCAAAAGCAGAUGUGAAAAGCACCACCUGGAUGUUUGAAACCACCCCACUGGAUAAAAUCACAGUGGAGAGUGUGUCUGAAAACCUUUAUCGCCUCAACCAACUCAGCAUUAUUCACUCAAGUGGGAUCAUCAUCCAAACCCAUGAUACUAAAAAUGUCAACAUGGCAAAAUAUCUACUUGUUCCCGAUGAGGGCCCCAAAGUUCAAAAGGAAGAAACUGUGGAGGGAAAUAUCAGAAACAUCAUGUUACAGCUCCUGUAUAGACCAAACCUGAAGCCUAGAGUUGUUAUCUUACAAGAAGAAGAACAAGGAAAUGUUCAGGCUUCAGUGUUGGAGAUCCCACUUCAUCAACAAUCAGCUCUUCAUGAAGAACAAAAACAGAAAAUGGAAAGGGUCGCUCAAAUCAUUGAGGGUGUCCUUGUUCAAAGCAAGACAACUCAAUCUGGACUGGUGAUGCAAGAAUCUGAGGAUGGGCAACCAGAGAUCACCGUUUACUCAUUCCGUUGCCACAACAGUCUAAAAAUGGAAAGUGUCAACAUCCAAAGGGGAGAUGUCAAAUCCACAAUAGGAAACCUAUUGGCUACUGCCCAAAGCUCAAGAGUGACCGCAUCAUGUAAACUGGAGGAAAAUGAAAAAGGAAAUGUAGACCUAUACAGAAGUUGCAUUGAAAAGGGAAAUCUGCAGUACCUCAAGAACCUACAAGCAGAACCCUUGGAGGAUGACCUUGAUUCAGUGGCAAAAGAACAGAUUGAAAUUGUCCAGGGGGAUGUAAAGGAGGCCAAGAGACACCUCAAAGAACAAAAGGACAAUGUGGAGAGAACUGUGUUGGAUAUUGUAUCAGGGGAUGUCAAAACCACCAAAAAAGUGUUCUUGAGUAGUUCAACUGGUGUAAACGUUGACCACUGCGUGCCAAAGGAUGAGAUCAUCCCUGGAGAUGUCACAAUUGCCAAACAGCAGCUUGGCGAAGCUGGAAAGCAGCCAUCUCUGGUGCAGAAAGAAGAGAUUGUCUCAGGUGACAUCAAAGCCACGUUGGAGUCUUUGGAGCGGGCCAAACAACAGAGCAUGCAUGUGGAGCGGGAGGUCAUUACUCCUGGAACCAUCUAUGAUCUGGAUGUGUCUUCACAAGAGUCAGAAGUUGACGAAAGACAGAAUUACAAGGAGAUAAUACUUUCAGGGGACAUCAAGGCAGCAAAACAGUCCCUGGAAGAAGCAAAAAGUAGGAGCAUGAGAGUAGAGCGUGAAGCUGUUGUUCCAGGGAAAAUAUUUGACCUCAAUGCAGCAUCCUUGCAGGAGGGCCUCUCAGCAAUGAAGACUUCAGCCUCAACCACGAGUAACCCACGGAUUACGACAACAUUUCGCAAGUAACCUACAAGGAGCAUCAGUCCCCGGCACCAAAGAAUUCAGCACCUGUCGUUAGUUCCAGCCCAGCGGAAAGUUCUAGAGCUUCCA